AUGGCGGACACCGCAAGCGGCUGCUUCAGCGCCCGGCUCGAAGCUCUCAUGGAGGCGCUGCUCAGAGCUGCAGUGUGCGAGAUCACCAAACUUUUUGAGGGCAGCUUCUCUGACUCCCAGAUGGAAGUAACCCAGAGUAGAGAGGAAGUGAAGUCCCUGAAACUGCAGCUGGAAGUGUUGGAGCACCAGCUGAAAGAGGCCAGAGCCACUGAAAGGACAGUGGAGUGGAUGGGUCAGAGCUCGGGCUCAGGCCUUAGCUGCUUCAGUCACACUCCUGAUGCCGCUGCUGGGCAGGAACGGGGUGCACCUCUCCUGAAGGAUCAGGUGCUCUCCGAGGGAGAGGCGAGCUGCCAGGAGGGGCCUGAACAGCUGCACCUGGUUAAGGAUGAGGUGGAGGUGACAGAGCUGGAGCCUAUCAGCUUCACUGCAGAGGGAGCUGAGGUGGGCUGCCUCCAAAUCAAACAGGAGGUCAGUGGCGUCGACACGGUCGCCAAACGGUUCUCCUGUGUAAAGGAAGGGUCCGGGAGAGGGGCGCUGAAGCCGAAGGCACUGUCAGAGAGGGCGUCAGUGGCAGGUCCAUCAGUGACCAGACUGGGGUGUGUUCCAUCCCGACCCCGAAAGCCCAGACCUGGCCUCAGCGACGCAGCACCUUGUGCUAAACAAGACAUUGGGGAUGUGGUUUUCAGUGGACCUCACUACAGCUCCCAGACUCAUCAGGUGAUCAGUGUGAAGCUUUCAGCGGUGCCGGAAGAGGCCGCCGAGUCCCCUCCUCUUCCUGGCAGUGCCGGUGAAGCUGUCCUCACCCUGUGUGCGCCUUCCGCAGGGCCCGAUUCAGCGGGCAGGAAGAAGCUACUCUCUAACGGUGGAAAAGCAAAGGCGGUGGAGCUGGAAUGCUCCCAGCAAGUGUGGCACAGGCAGGAAAUAAACAGCGAUGAGGGAGGACCGGAGGCUCUUGUCGGGGUCAUUCCAGAACAAGGAAAAGUUAAUUUACUGAGGUCCCGAUACAUAUCAACAAACAGUAUUUUGGCUCAGCAAAAGCAGCAACUGACUUUAAAUGCAGGUAAUACACUGGGUGUGAAUCUCAGAGGGGAUAGGCGGAACCCCUUCUCUGAUGGGAGGAGGAGUUUCGCUGCAAAGGAGAAGCUGAAAUAUCACCUGAAUGUCCACACAAGAGAUAGGCCAUAUAUAUGUCCGUACUGCGGGAAAGCCUUCACCUAUCCUUCUCAGCAGAGGAGACAUUUGCUCCGGCACAGCGGGGAGAGACAGUACCCUUGCACCCUGUGUGAGAAGAGCUUUGUGACGCCGUCUGAACUGAGCGUGCACAGUCGGGUUCACACGGGGGAAAAACCCUACUCCUGCCUCCAGUGUGGGAAGAGGUUCAACAGAAACGGCAACCUCAGGGCCCAUCAGAGGAGCGUGCACCUGAGGAAGAGGCCGUUUUCCUGCAGCGUCUGUGGAAAGACAUUCGCCCAAAAAGGCAAUUUGAGGACCCACCAGCAGCGGCUCCAUCAGGGAAUGAGACAAUUCCCUUGA